CCAAGGAACAAACUGCCCAUAACACCACUAAAACGCAAAAAGACGCUAUCAUUACCACCCUCACUACCGAACGGGAUAGUUUAAAAACUGAACUAGCCCAGGAAAAAGAAACUCGGCAAACAGCGGAAAAUAAUCUAAAACUAGCCCAAGAGGAAAUAAAAAAUCAGGAACAAGAAAUCGCCCAAAGGUUAAAUAAAGACUUAAAAUUAGGAUUAAAAUCCUCAGAAAUUAACUUAGAAAGAGUAAUUAGCAAACUCCGCGAAUUGCUGGAUAAACCUAAUUCGGUUAAUGAGGAAAAUCUGGCUCAGCAAUUAGCCGCUGCCCAAAACACUAUCCAAGAAUUAAAAAAACAGUUAAAAGGAGAAAACCUAGAUUACACGGCUAUUCAGCAGGCCGAAUACCAAAAAAUCCUCCAAUUAGUAAAAAAUGAUACUUGGAAAACUUGCCAAAAAUUAAAUAUUUCUGUUUCUCACUCAGUCAAAAAACUAGUCCAAAAGGCUACUACUUUGGAAACGGUAAUUACGGAACGCAAUAAAUUAAUUGCAGCGAAAUUGGCUGAACAAGGCCAAAUAAUUACUGGCCAAAAAGGGCAAUUAAUUAAGGAAUGA